CUGAGGCUUCCAGAGCACUGUGCAGUUCAUGUGGACGCUGAACGCCUUCAGCAGUCUCUAAUCCAUGUCUUCCUUCCCUUUUUUUCCGGCUGCCUGGUGAAAGCAGUGGAGACAGCAGCCCAACGUGAGGCUUUCAUCGUAGGAAAGCCCAACCGGUACAUGUUUGAUUGCGUGGUGAGCGAGUUCAACAUCGAUCCUGCUCGUACCAUCAUGGUGGGAGAUCGGCUGGACACAGACAUCCUCAUGGGCAAUAACUGCGGCCUCACCACCCUGCUGACGCUCACCGGGGUCACCACGCUGGACGAAGUGAAGGGUCACCUGGAGAGCGACUGUCCUGCCAGGCAGAGCCUGGUUCCCGAUUACUAUGUCGAUAGCAUAGCCGACCUUCUCCCAGCGCUGGGGAAUUAA